GGGAACGCUCUCGUGGAGUAUAGACGUUCUGUGGCCGUUCGGGUGUAGGCGUGGUUUUUCUCACUUUCUACGGGAAAUGUCAGUGCACUCGGUACUGCUGACAGUAAUUGAUGACUCAAAAGAUACCUAGAUAAGAGGUGCCUCCUCCUGCUCCCUCCUGUGAGAGUUGCCCCGCCAAGUGGACGCCUGCUGGCCCCCCAAGUGAGGGUGUCGUCCUCCUGGUGCACACGAAGAACGGUGUGGGGUGGGUGGGGGCCAAGUUGUCCUCCACACAGCGAGGGGCCACACGAGGUCGCAGCUGGCGGUGUAGUGUAGUGGUGGAGUCCGUCCCUCUGGGCCAGGUGUGUAUGUGAGUGUGUGCGUGCGAGUGUGUGUGCACAUGUGUGAGUGAGUGUGUGUGUGUGUGUCUGUGUGUGUGUGCUAAAGGGAGGUGGGUGUCCAUCCCUCGCCGCCACUUACCACCCUCACCACCAGUUACACUCCUCCCUCUCUCGCGCCCUCACCACGCCGCUCCACCUUCAGGAUACACACACCGCCAGGGCCCUGCACAACACGUCCCUCCUCUCGCCGAGCUUCCCUCCUACUCUUCCCUCUUCCCCGUGAAGAAUAAUUAAACACCAAAGAAAAACUGUGAGCGGGAGUCUGGUAGUGGCAACCAGAGCGUUGAGUUGAGGUCAUUGUAUUUAGUGAAGUGGAGGAGCGAGAGAUAGUGAGGCAGUGGACACGUCAAGCUCAUAGGAGGCACCACCAGCAGGCAGUGAGUGACAGACAUAACCUUCAGGAUCUACAGUUUUAAAAGUGUUCAAAAAACCUCUUGUGUUCCCCUCCACAACAACAACAAUUACACUCUGCGCCAAAGUGUUCAAUUAAAACCAAGUGUAUCUGGAGUCAUUAUAAAGUCUUUCAGUGUGAGUCCAUUCCAAGUUUGUAGUUUAGAGGUGCGGCCAGCUAGAAAAUGGUACAAUUACAGAGAACUAUUUAGAGCUGAGAGAGGAAGAGAGAGAGAGAGAGAGAGGACCUUCACUAGUGUAUUACGUGUUGUGUCUCGUCCAUGACUGUUAACGUGUAGGACUCGUCAGUAGAGUAGCUGUUACUUAAGACCACUCGAGGAGGUUCUUAAGUUUGGAUAAUAAUUACAAACACGUCCAUUAGAUCUGUGAAAAAUAAAUAUUAAAAAGUGCAAACAAGUUGGAAUUUUGUUGUGCAUAAACCAAGACAAAUAACAUUAAGCCGUCCAGGAAGUGCACAAUUGUGAGACCUUGACCAGACUUUAUCCAGCCAUAACCCAGUCAUUUACCCCCACUACUGUCACCUAACUACAACACCCCCCCCCUUCCCCAUUAACCACACAUAGACACAUUCACUCAACCAAACUGUCAUUCCACCAAGUCUUACCAACAACCAGAAGAGACUUAAUCCUUCUCGUAAAAUAAUAAGAACAAAAUCAACCCAAAUCAAGUGUAUCUGUCCGACUUCACCAAUAACACAGUAGUACUAACCAGCAACAACCAUCACCAGGCCACGUCAACCACAACCACCCACCGAAAAAUCAACCUUUUUAAUCAGGAACCCACCACGAUGACGUCACUCAACUCCCUGUUCUCCUUUACCUCCCCGGCUGUGAAGAAACUGCUAGGGUGGAAACAGGGUGACGAGGAGGAGAAGUGGGCGGAGAAGGCUGUAGACUCCCUGGUGAAGAAGCUGAAGAAGAAGAAAGGAGCCAUCGAGGAGCUGGAGCGAGCACUGUCUUGCCCCGGCCAGCAGUCCAAGUGUGUCACCAUCCCCAGGAGUCUGGACGGACGCCUUCAGGUUUCUCACCGUAAGGGCCUACCGCACGUUAUAUACUGCCGAGUGUGGCGGUGGCCCGACCUACAGAGCCACCACGAACUGAAACCCCUCGAGCACUGUCAGUAUCCUUUCUCAGCCAAGCAGAAGGAGGUGUGCAUCAACCCCUAUCACUACAAGAGAGUGGAAAGUCCUGUUUUGCCGCCAGUGUUAGUUCCUCGACACUCCGAGUUCGCCCCCGGGCACUCGCUCCUGACGUUCCAACAGCAAAUGCCAGAGCCCAUGCCCAACAACGUCUCCUUCUCCCAGAAUGGCUUUGUCCAUUCCUCGAUGGGUGGAGUAUCACACUCACAGAUAGGGGCAGGGAAUCUGACCAGUAUCAACCAGCCUCCCUCACCAGUGGGCAGUGUUGUCAGCCCCACCAGCCAGAGCCCACACAGUCCAUAUGGAAGUAUUACAAGUGGUGGGAGUUUAAGUGGCCUGAACCAACCUCCAUCUCCAGUUGUCAGUCCUGCCAGCCAGAGCCCCCACAGUCCUUAUGGCAGUAUCCCGGCAGAUACUCCGCCACCAGCAUAUAGCCCGAGUGAAGACAUAAAACAGAACCAGACGGCAGAUACUCCCAUGGACACUGUUCCUGUUGGUACCAUUAUAAAUCCAAACGUUACACCUGUCACCUACCAAGAACCCACCUUUUGGUCCAGUAUAGCGUACUAUGAGCUGAACAACAGAGUAGGCGAAGUGUUUCAUGCCCAGACACAUUCAGUCAUUGUUGAUGGCUUCACAGAUCCCAGUAACAAUUCAGAGAGAUUUUGCUUAGGCUUACUCUCCAAUGUUAACCGCAAUUCUACUAUUGAAAACACAAGAAGACACAUUGGUAAAGGAGUCCACCUCUACUACGUAGGCGGGGAAGUGUAUGCAGAAUGUUUGUCCGACUCUGCUAUCUUCGUCCAGUCUCGAAACUGUAAUCACCAUCAUGGCUUCCACCCAUCUACUGUAUGCAAAAUUCCUCCUGGAUGUUCACUCAAGAUCUUCAAUAACCAAGAGUUUGCCCAGCUUCUCUCUCAGAGUGUCAACCAUGGCUAUGAAGCAGUGUUUGACCUCACUAAAAUGUGUACAAUCAGGAUGUCAUUUGUAAAAGGUUGGGGAGCAGAAUAUCACCGACAGGAUGUCACCAGCACACCAUGCUGGAUUGAGAUCCACCUUCAUGGACCUUUGCAGUGGCUGGACAAGGUGCUGACACAGAUGGGUGCACCCAACGACCGCAUCUCUUCAGUUUCCUGAGUCCAGCUGGUGUUUACUACAUGUAUCCCAUCACAGCAGCAUAACUCAUGUGUCUCUUGCUCCAACUACACACUUGCCCCUCACAUUCUAAUUGUCAAGUUAUCUCAUAACCUAACCUAACCUAACAGCAUUUGUACUCUUGUGUCCCAUUUUGUUACGUUAAAGUAUGCCAUUGCUAUUUAGUUUCUUGUGCAGUGACCUCUGUAUUUCCUGCAUCACACAAUGUGAUAACAGCCUUAUAAAUUGGGGGCUUUCAAACUCAAGUCUGUUUCAGAUUCUUAUGUCAUUUACAUGAGAUAUUUUAAGCCAUAUUCCAAAUUGUUCACUUCAGCUGUGAGUUCUAGUCAUCACAGUACAGUAUGAUGGAGCACCUUUGUAUGCACCUCAAGUUUUGUUUUGUCCAUGUACAGUACUUUGGUUGGAUACAAUAAUGAAUACUUCAUCUCAAAUAAUUGUUCAAGAUAAUUUGCACAAAUUUAUGGACAGAGGCUGUUCUACAACAUUGGAAAAUUACAAGUGGUAGUACAGUAUUGUACAACUUAAUGCUGGUUAGGAUCAGAUUGCAUGUAUAAAUCUCUUUGUGUGUGGGUCACUCACUUACUAUGUUUUAAGGUAUUAGGAAAAAGAAAUUAGACAAUUUUAUUGAUUGCUCUUGAGUCUUAUUUGGGGUGAUGUCAUUCAUGGCAUUAGUUAAGAGAGAGGGAUCAGUGAAAAAACAAAUCAGUGUGGACUCGUAUAUGCCCCUCCCCUUUUCAUAACUUCACCUGUGUCCUGUCACAUAAUAAAAAAAUGUUAUUGCAGUAAAUACAGAAAUAGCGAAUGGCUAUGUACAGGUGAUGGGAUCCAAGUAUGCUGUACUGUAAUAGCCAUUCUUGUAUGUUGUUGUGGAUCAGAGAGUAAAGUAGGUGUUCAUACCUAGAAAGAUGCCUUUGGAUAAUAAUACAUAUAUAGUAUGAGUGCACUGAUCACUCAUACUUUCAUUAGGUUUGCCUAUAACUGUACUGCAAAGACAGGAUUUUAUAAUUAUGGCUUAUGGUUAGAAAUUACUCAUAAUACAUUAGGUUACCAAAUGUGUUGUGCGUAAUGUCCUUUACCAGUCACACUGUUGGUCUGGAGAUUAAGUGACUGGGCCACCCUGUAUCAUACUGGCAAUAAGCUUAUAGAGGAGAAUAAAUUAAACUCAACAAUUUAUGAAGAGUUAAUUUCUUAACUUGCAUCAAAUGUUGGUCAAAAGUUAAACACCAAGUGAGUGACAGCUGUUGUGCUCAAAUAUUCAGCAGGACUGUAGUAUUUAUUUUGUUUUUGUGAGACCAUCAGUUUGGUACAGUAGCCAUGCUUGUGUCCACACACAGGUUGAGGAUGAACUGGGUGGAGAAAAUAUGCUGGUUUCACUUGUGAGUUUCAGUCCAUAAUACUGUACCAAUAAGUGUCCAGUUACGGCAUCCUUAAGUGACAUUGAGGCAUGAAAAUAACAACAUGUUUUAGGUGUGAGUAUGAUCACUUUUGUUCUAUAUGGUUACAGUAUACAGUACAAAUGUUUAGGCAAUUAAAUCAUCUUGCUCUCACCAUCAUUGUCUUAAGCAGCAAUCUGUUCUAUAAAUUUUAGUAAAAUUUAGUUAACCUCCUUGUUUGCUGUAACUUCUAUGCUACAAAUGUGCUUCAAUUAUUAAUCAGCACUGAAGUCAAGUUAUAAGAUGUUAAAACUAAUCAAAAUUGAUAUAGCUCAAUAAUCAUAUUUACAGUACAGUAUAUAGACUGUUGAAGAAGUUUGUAAAAUUUAUCAGGGCUAUAGUUAGCUCAGUAGGAGUAUGUAGUGAGGUAGCAGGGAUAUUCGUCAAUUUGCUUUGGCUAUUUAUUGAUGCAAAAGUUUGUGUAUGUAUGUUAAAUACAGGUUGCACUCGUCACAAGGUUAACGCUAAUAUCACACAAAUUAGUCUGUGCCUGUUAUGGUUUUUUGAAUACCGUCCAAAGUUGAAAGGUAAAAUUUUUAUGAGAAUGUGGCAUUAUAAGAUGAAAGUAGGAAAACUAGUAGGAUGUAUUAGUCCCUCUGUUGUUACCGGUGAGAUAACUAAAUACUCAAAGGACUUUCAGUGUAAGAUGUAUGAAAAUAUUGUGUCUAGGCAAUGUUAACUUUUCAUACCUGAAGGAAAUAUUGGUUAUUUCCCCCAUGAAACAAUUUUUCAUUGUAUUACAAGAAGGGAUCUCAUAUUUUUCUUCCAUGACUUUUCAUAAAACACAUCAUUCAGGAACAUCAAAUUUGGAUUUAAUGAUUUUCAUUUCAACAUAGAGAUAAGUGUCUUGUUAUGUCCAUCCAGCAACAAUAUGAAAUACAGGUAGACUGGAAAGGGUCCUUCACACUGCAGGUUUGGUGUCUGAGCCAACUACGUUAUGACAAAACUCACAUUGAUAAUAGAAUGUUUGCCUGUUUAUCCAGUACAGUAAUUGUUUUAAGAUUCAUGUUACUGCUGUAGAACAUAAACUGAAAAGUAUAAAUACAGUUGCUCAAUAAAAAUAUGUAAUGGAAUUGAUUACAAAAGCUAUGAGUAGUGCUCUUAAGCAGCAGAAUUCUUUGACUGAAGCAAGUUGCUCCCCGAAGUAAAUUGUUAAUUUCCAAUCUUAAAAAAAGAAUUAACUUUACAGUGCAGUACAGUGUAUCUUAUGUAAAGCAGGGUGUUAUAGGGUGCCCUUAUAAAGUUAUUCAGCAUUUCCUCAAUUUAACUUUAAGUAAUUACACAGUAAUGUUGCUACAAGUCUUAAAUGACAGUUUUAUCAAUCAUCAAAGAUUGUUUUGUUAAAUUUUGCUACUGUACCGUUUAUCUUGCAUCUCACUAGAGCACUUUAUUGACUACACCUCAAGUGUCUGUUGGCCAUAAAAAUCAUCUGAACUUUUGUGAAAUUGAGAAACAGCUUUCAAAGACAUUAUUGAUUAGGAAUCAUUUAGUGGGCUGGAUAUUUACCCCUGAUCCCCAAAUUAGUAAUACUGUACAGGUAAUUAUUAAACCUUCAUUAUUAGAUUUGUACAAUCUCAAGGAAUUGCCUCGAUCCAAUACUUCACCAAGAAUGGGAUUGUAAAUUCAGGUGUAGAGCCAUGAUGUUGGGAACAUAUCUCAAUGAAGUUCAUGAAAAUGACAAGGUUAGGUACAGUGGUCAUGUUAACAAUUUUGGUAAAUACUAACCUCGACCCAUGACUCAAAGGUCCUAGUGGUACCUACCGGUACUUCAUGUUGAACAAAAUGUGCCACACACCUUGCUAGAUGUUUUCCCAAAUCAGAUUUCUUAAUUUUUGCACAAUUUUUUUUUCUAAAAAGAACACCUGAAAAAAAACCCAGCAAUUUGUUAUGAUAUUACUCAGUUGAUAUUGAUGUAAGAGUUUUUCAUGCAGUUUAGAUACAGGCUGGCACUUUCAUCAGGUACUUGCAUACUACUGGGAUAUUUUAUUAAAACUGUGCCAAUCAAAAGAGGUAUUGUAAGCAGUAAGGCAAAAGGAGAUUCAGUUGCCAUGAAAAUGCUCAUAAUUUUCUGUAUGAUUUCAUGCUAUAAUACUGCAGAAUGAACCCAUUUCAGCGGAGUUGUCAAAAGGUACAUUAUAGUACAAUAGUUGUAAUGUAUCGGUUACGAUUAUAUUAUCCUGAGUGUGUACAUGUUUGAACUAGGAUCAGUGUAGGCAUUAUGUUGCCAAGGAGUGAAAAAUGUACAGUUACUCAUUGUGAGUCAGCACAGGUGGUUGUUGUGCCUGUUUCCUGUCAAAUUCAACAGGAUUUUCAUGAUAAGGUUAUGAGUUGGUGGAUAUUGUAAAUAACUAGAUCUCUGGUCUGUUCCAAAGCUUUGUGACCUCAUGCGAAGGUUACAUUUGGGAUAGUAUUGGGGAGAAGUUGGUAGUAUUUAUUAUAUUAUAAAUUAAAUGAUUUUGUAUUACAUUUUUAUUAUUGUUAUUAUUAAUGGUAUUUUAGUUAUUGUGCAAACUUUCAAGUAAAAUAGUUAUCACCCACAAGAAAAUAUGUCUAGGAUUACAUUUUUUUUACAAGGAAUACAGUGCGUUUAGUUUAUUUUUGUGCUAUACCAAGGUUGCCUGAAAACACCAUUUUUUUGUACUUUUUGUUGUUGUUAAUGUGAAGUUAUACAGUAUGAACCAUUUAUACAAAUGUAAAGACCAACACACAGUUUAACACUACCAAGAGAGUAAACAAUAGUGAACAGAUGGAUUCAUUACCAGUGAAUGAGAUGACUGUAUAUUGUGUUGACAGCCGCACACCACAUUGAUUUAUACUCUAUACUUAUACUCAGAUAGUUUAUAUAAAUUCAGUCCAGAUUCCUGGUCGGUUGAUAAUACUGUAUAGUGAUAAUUGUAAAGCACUGGGCAAGACUCCUUACUGUACAGCAUAGUAUUGGUGUUAGUAUCUGAUUUUUAUCAACUUUAAACGGUAAAUUUAUUUUUGAUCAAAUUAUAUCCCGAGUUACUAUUAUUGUUUCCUAAAAUUGUGCAAAUUACUGUAAGAAAUAGAUGCAAUUCACAAUUAUUUUUUAAUUAUUUAUAAGAGUAUUUCGUUUCUCAUAGUGAACAAAAAAAAUUCUAUCUUUGAUGUUCCUUAAAUGUGGAAUUGUUUGUAAAAAUCUGGACCAUUAUGCUUGUAUGUGAUAUAUUACUUCUUCAUUUUUCAUGGUUUUACUUAAUCGUGACAUGUAGAGCCAAGCUACCUAGUUGUGCAAUAAGUGUUGCCAUAAUUUUGAAUACUGCUGUAACAGACCAAUGAAUGGUAAAAUAUUUUAAUUUCAUGCAGUUGUCAUUGUGUGAUGUAAUUGUAAGGAAAUAAAAUCAUGUUUCUACAUCUA